AAAGACGGUCAGGGGAAAAUGCACCAAAACCCAACCCUCACCACUGGCUUCAUUGCAGUGCUCCUCCUUCUAAGCCGGCUGGAUCAAUUUGCAUUUUGGUACCGACAUUUUGCCUCAUCUGGGAGGCAUUUUGUGGAUCAGUUCUUCAGUUAUCAACUUCCAAAGGUAUCUCUGUACCUGAUGGAGCGCAUCUGA